AAAUUGGAAGAAUUGAUUGUUAUUUUUGGUGUGAAGACUUCAUCACUGACAUCUCUAUGUUUGUUCAGCAGCCUCCAAGAAAUAAUAUAGCUCAUCGGUGGCAAUAAUUAUUUUUGGUAUACGCUGACAUUUAUUUGAAAAAACCAAACCAAAACAACAACAAAAAAAAACCCAACAGACAAAACCCAACAAACCUUUUGAAGACUUGUGUCAAAUGACGUCAAUGGCCAGUUUGUUCUCCUUUACUAGCCCAGCUGUAAAGCGUCUGUUGGGCUGGAAACAAGGAGAUGAAGAGGAAAAAUGGGCAGAAAAAGCUGUUGAUGCUUUAGUAAAAAAGCUGAAAAAGAAAAAGGGUGCUAUGGAAGAACUGGAGAAAGCCUUGAGCAGUCCAGGACAACCCAGCAAGUGUGUUACUAUCCCCCGCUCUUUAGAUGGACGACUUCAAGUUUCCCACAGAAAAGGCCUUCCCCAUGUAAUUUACUGUCGUGUUUGGCGUUGGCCUGAUCUACAAAGCCAUCAUGAGCUGAAGCCAUUGGAUAUUUGUGAAUUUCCUUUUGGAUCUAAACAGAAGGAAGUCUGCAUCAAUCCAUACCACUACAAGAGGGUGGAGAGCCCAGUUCUACCUCCAGUGUUAGUGCCUAGACAUAGUGAAUUCAAUCCACAGCACAGUCUACUAGUUCAGUUCAGGAACCUAAGCCACAAUGAACCCCAUAUGCCACACAACGCGACAUUUCCAGAUUCUUUCCAGCAACCCAACAGCACUCCAUUUUCCAUUUCGCCAAACAGUCCCUAUCCACCUUCGCCAGCCAGCAGCACUUACCCAAGCUCCCCAGCUAGCUCUGGACCAUCUAGUCCAUUUCAGUUACCGGCUGAUACUCCACCUCCUGCAUAUAUGCCCCCUGAUGAUCAAAUGGGGCAGGAUAAUUCUCAGUCUAUGGACACCAGCAAUACAAUGAUCCCUCAAAUCAUGCCAAAUAUAUCUACCAGAGAUGUUCAGCCUGUUGCCUAUGAAGAACCCAAACACUGGUGUUCGAUUGUGUAUUACGAAUUAAAUAAUCGAGUUGGGGAGGCUUUUCAUGCCUCUUCUACAAGUGUCUUAGUGGAUGGGUUUACAGAUCCCUCCAAUAAUAAGAACAGGUUCUGCUUAGGUUUGCUCUCAAAUGUUAAUCGCAACUCAACAAUUGAGAACACUAGACGACAUAUUGGAAAAGGAGUUCAUCUCUACUACGUUGGUGGGGAAGUCUAUGCUGAGUGUUUAAGUGAUAGCAGCAUAUUUGUACAGAGCAGGAACUGCAACUACCACCAUGGCUUCCAUCCAACAACUGUAUGCAAGAUUCCUAGUGGAUGCAGUCUGAAAAUUUUCAACAAUCAGGAGUUUGCUCAGCUUUUAGCUCAGUCUGUCAACCAUGGAUUUGAAGCAGUAUAUGAGCUCACCAAAAUGUGCACCAUUCGAAUGAGUUUUGUAAAGGGCUGGGGAGCUGAAUAUCAUCGACAGGAUGUCACGAGCACCCCAUGCUGGAUAGAAAUUCAUCUUCAUGGGCCCCUCCAGUGGCUGGAUAAAGUACUUACACAAAUGGGUUCUCCUCUUAAUCCCAUCUCAUCUGUUUCAUAGUGCUGAAAUUCUAUCUUCAGCUUUAUUUUUUAAGCGAACUUAUUCUAAUUCUAGAGAAACUUCCAGUGUGGAUACUGUGAGCUAUAUGGAGAAUGGAUCUUACAGUUUUAACUUUUUUUUUUAAAUCCCUUUGUGACCAAUUCCAUUGUGUAUAGCUAAUCAGUUUUACAUUUCAAUUUGUUCUUGUGAUGCUUAAGUGACAGUUGAGCCCUAAGGGAAAAAAAGUCUAUUGAAAAAUUCAGAAUACUUUUCCCCUCCUUUGAGUAGAACUUAAACAGGCGUAUGUCUUAACUGGAAAAUUUUUUUCUUUUUGUCCUGUAGGGACAAGAAUUAUGAAGACUGACUUCAGAAAAUAAAUACAUAUCAUAGUUUGGGAUUUUUUUUAAUGUUUAUGGAAUUGUUUGAACAUGUGCAGCUCCAGCUUGCAAGCUGUAUUUUUAGUGUAGCUGUUUAACAUCUUAAGGUUGACAUGUGUCAUAAGCAAA